AUGCAGCCCCCCGCGGGGUCUUUCGAAGCAAUUUGUGAAGCAGACGCAGUGGUGACAGAGCUCUCUACAAGGCCCUUGACUGAGGGGUUAGCGAGGGGGAAACAAGCGGGCGGGGAAGAGGCCCUGUCAGAGGGGCUGCGGCGGCUGUGCGAGGGGGGGCCCUGGAUCUAUGCAGCAUUCUGGCAGCACAGAAUUGGAAGGUCACUGGGGUCACAAGCAGACAGCCGAGCAGGAGCGUUUUCCCAACACAGCGAGCGGCAGAGUGGGAAGCUUUCCUGCACACUGUUCCACAGCAAGAUGCUGGCGGCGGAAGCGGGGCGGGGGAUCGACUAUGAGGCCCUAAGCUUGGCUUUGGCGCGGCUUCGGAUGCUGGAAUUUGAGAAGGGCGAAGGAAUAUUGGGCGAAGCUGCGGAUUCGUCCGAGGGCGAUCGAUGGCUCUCGACAAGCCCCAGCGGAUAUCGAGUGCGACCGGCCGUUGCGACGGGAGGCUCUGACAAGGGGGACGAUCACUGGCGAGCCCAGUUUGCCGCAGGCCUUGAGACUGUACUGCUGACGUCAUUCCAAGGGUGUCUCCUCCAGCUCGGAUCCAUUGAGAAGCUGCAAGAGGAUCCUGCAAUCGCCGUGCAAGCCUGCACUGUUUUCCUGCCUUACUUCGCGGCCGCGCUGUCGUCCGCCCUGGACCUGCCCAACCCCCACGCGUUCAUAAACCCUCCCACCUCCGAGCGCUACGACGAGUUCCGCUACCCCUUCGGCACCGAUGGCGCCUACCCCCCCAGAAGCUCAGACUACUUUCCCCAGGCGCGAAACGACCUUUGGAAGCCCCCCGCCCGCAAUGUGUUCGGGCCCGCCAACCCGUUCGUCCCCUCCAAGCACUCGUCACGCCUCCCAGGCGGUGGCUCGUUCUUCCGAGGGGGAUCCCCCUCGGUGCUCCCCGUGACGCGUUCUCCUGCCGGGCAAUAUCGUGAUCGCCCAAACCCCGCACAGAAUGGCCGCAGCUCCUUGCACCCGUUUACCGGUGCCCCACAGAGCGCGCGAUCGACGUGGAGCGACGGUCAAGAGCGCAAUGCUCCCCUCCAACCCCCCGCCUGCGCCGGCCCCGACUUUGGGCCGAGUAUCUAUCAGAGGCUGUUAGAGAAAGCCGGGCAAGUGCAUACUGCGGCGCCGUCUCUAGGGACAUCGCAGUUUGACCUGAACGCUCCUUCUCCUUCACCCACGUGGUUUCCGGAUCUUGGACAAUCUCUAGAGGAUUCUUAUGGUGGUUUCCAGGGCCGCGCAGGAUCCGACGGGCAACCUAUGGAGGAAUCUUACGGUAGCUUGCGGGGCCUUAACGGUUCUGGUGGGCCGAGAGACGCGCUGACCAGAUUAGCAGAGACGGUCGCUGAUGUGCAACAGAAGGGAAGCGACUUUGGGGUGAGUCCGAGCCCCGGCGUUUCGAGAAGGGCGAACGAUCUUCUCGGUCGGUUAGAGUCGAGAAAUCAGGGGGCGAGUCCUUGGCAGGGCGCGCCGUCGGAAACCCAAACCCGAUUCGAUGACGGGAUGUUUAACGCGGGGGCCACGGACUACCGUGAAAGUAGGGGUGGGUCAGGAGCGGCACAUUUUCAGGGUGGCGACGAAACGGCGCUGGAUUGGGGUUCAAGAGAGGAGGCGUUCCGCCUCCAAGAGAGCUUCCUGCGGCUGCAGGAGCAACUGGAGCAGCGGACUCGAGAGCGGCGACCGUUCUUCCCGUUGGCCCCCGGCCAUGGUCGCCAGACGAGUGGUGGGAUGCCUUUGCUUGAACACGAGGGGUUGGUAUGCGCAUUGAAAGGAGAGGCGGCGGCGCAAGAGGUGCGGUUUACGUGGAAUCCGGCGUCAGCGGAUGAGACCGGGCAACAGCGGCACAGCCCCGUGCAACAACCGGGGCAGAGCGAUCGGCCGGAGGGGGGGUUCGGCUAUGAGGAGAUCUACACGCCCCGUACUCAUGCGGAACGGGGCGCGCAGGACGACUCGAGCGGCGGGGAAAGGAGCCUCCUCUCGCACUCGCACUCGAGCAGAGAAUCGGAUGGCGGGGCGGAGAGAACUAGGGGGGCGGGAUUCCCGUACGCAGGCAGGGUUGGGAGGGCGUGGAACAAUGACCCGGCGACGCCGUCGCGGCGGCAAUUGGAAAUGGAGACCAUUUUCGAGAACGAACCGGUUGCGCUGAGGCCCUGGGAAAAAGGGAGGCAGACGUGGUACUCAAAUCUGGAACACUUGCGGUCGCUGGUUCCGAAUACUUCCCAGUUGAAGCUGGAAGAUCUCCUUGACCGUGCUGCGAGGCACAUUUCGGAGCUGAGAUCACAGAUCGCGUCAGACAGCAACAAGGGCCGCCCAGAACCGUUCCGUGGGUACACCGUUUUGCCCUGGAGGGUGUCUGAAGGGAAGACGCUGGCCGUUGAGGAGCUGUCGAGCGCACAGCUCAUUUUGGUUGAGGCCUAUUUUGAGAGCGAGACUGGCGUCCCGCAACUCGCCAAGACCCUCUGCACCGAGGGAAGAGAACUGUGUUUCAUGCUGGUUGAGGCUGUUGGCAAGUCGACUCGUGCACGCUUUGUUGUAAAGGUGAUUGAUGCAAUCAGCACGGAGGAUCUGCUUUCAAGUCUUGAAGGACGUUAGGCUUCGAGUGAUGGUAAUAUGUGCCCUGGAACCGAGAAGGUGUUUUGGAUCAUGUGUAGACCCUGAGAAAAGUCGUUAAAUGUUUGUAAAUAAACGUAUUGACUUGUCUUAAAGAGGAACAGGUGACGCGCACCCUAGAUAUAGGGCACUGCGUACUGAGACCGCAACGUAAGGUAACUUAGGUUAACCAUGAGCAAAGAGAUCGCGAGGGCGUCCCUUAGUUGAGAGCCUUCUGAGUAACUAGCAGAGGAGCAAGCGGCUACUUUGACAGCUCUUCAACAUUUUGAUUGUCACUGAGCAGGAGGCGGGCGGCCAGAGUGGUUAGACUGAAAGUGGCUGCUUGUGCUUUACUACGAGGGCCCGAUCCUUAUGAUGUAUGAUAUGCUACUAAGAUGGCAGUACGUCGAUUUCAACGUGCUCAGCA